AUGAAUCUCGGUGGAUUUUCUGGAACGUGUUCUGGUGAGAAGAGGCCCUCUCCCGAUUAUGACAACGAAUAUUACGAUAAUGACCCUUUCGCACCCAAGAAGGCAAAAUCAAAGGCUGAAGAAGCUGCUUCUGGUGUAACCACUGGAAUGAUAUUGUCUCUUCGUGAGAGUCUUCAAAACUGUAAGGAUACCCUUGCCACAUGCCAACAUAUCAAGCAUAUUUCUGUCACUGCUACCUCUCAAGCUUACGAGUAAUCAUAUUAACGAAGCCAAACUGGUUCAUCUCAGCCCCCAUAUGUAAGCAAGCCAUCAACUCAUUCACACUUCAAGCUAUUGCUUUCACUAGGCAAAUCUUUUAGUAGUAUUAUUUCU